AUGCUUAGAAAAAUAAAGGGAGCGGCCCAAUCUGUUCAUAGAAUAAAUAGCGGCAGAUACGUGGAAGUGAGUAAAAAUGGGCCAAUUGCCUUGGUUGGACCAAAUACUCACCACUGCCGGUUCUACAUGCAUUAUAAGUUUCAUAGUGCAGCACGUAGUUCAUUUUGGUGGCUUGCGACAAGGGAAACCUUUAACAAAUGCUGUACUUUUAGAAACUUUUCUGUAAGCUCAGCAAGUAAUGAAGUCACACAUCAUUCUCAGAUUGCUUGGAAAAGGCUGUACAGAAAGUACUGUUCCAGUGGCGAUAGUACAUUUUCUCCCACCAUAAAUAUGAUUGCUCAAGCAGUGAGCUUGUCUCUGACUCGCUCUUAUUUGCUGGUUCCUGGUAUUUUUGCAUUUGCAUGUGGAGAGCUUGCAUUGUCUCAACGAAGAUGGGGAGAUGCAGAACGUUACCCAUCACAUGAUGCAUUGUAUAUGCGUGCACGAGAUGGGUAUAAUUACAUGUUUACGUUUACAUUCAUGAUAGUUGAAGGUGUUGUCUUAUUAGUGAGGGCUUUAUAUAUAGCUGUAUUGUUCUUUCCGAGCAUUGUGAUGGGACCGUUUGCAGAUUAUUUUGGACCAAAAUUUAGGAAACUGUGGCUCAGUGUUGUUCUUCAAACACUAGAAAAAGCAGGUCCUGCUUUCAUAAAAUGGGGUCAGUGGGCAGCUACGCGUCCUGAUCUUUUUCCUCGUGAUCUAUGCACCAAGCUUUCUGAACUUCAUAGUAAAGCUCCUGAGCAUAGUUUCAGCUACACAAAGGAAACCAUAGAAAAAGCAUUUAACCGAAAAAUUUCCGAAAUUUUUGAAAAUUUUGAAGAGGUUCCAGUUGCAUCUGGAAGCAUUGCUCAAGUGCAUCGUGCUACAUUAAAAUAUCGGUAUCCUGGUAAGCAAGCAAAACCGUUGGUGGUUGCUGUGAAGGUUAGACAUCCUGGUGUGGGAGAGUCGAUCAGAAGGGAUUUUGCGAUUAUCAAUACGGCGGCAAAAAUUUCCAUGUUCAUUCCCGCUCUUAAGUGGUUAAGAUUAGAUGAGAGUGUGCAACAGUUUGCAGUUUUCAUGAUGUCCCAAGUUGACCUUGCUAGGGAAGCUGCCCAUUUAAACCGCUUCAUUUAUAAUUUCCGCAGCUGGAAGGAUGUUUCUUUCCCUAAGCCUGUCUAUCCACUUGUCCACCCUGCUGUUUUGGUAGAAACAUAUGAAAAGGGAGAAAGUGUCUCACAUUAUGUUGAUGAUUUUCAAGGACACGAACAUUUUAAAUCUGCUCUUGCUCACAUCGGGACUCAUGCACUUUUGAAGAUGCUUCUGGUGGACAACUUCAUUCAUGCAGAUAUGCAUCCUGGAAAUAUCCUUGUUCGGGGAAAGUCUAGCAAACGACUUUUCAAAUCAAAGCCUCAUGUAAUUUUUCUAGAUGUAGGCAUGACUGCUGAACUCUCUGGUAGUGAUAGGGUAAACUUACUUGAAUUUUUCAAAUCUGUUGCCCGCCGGGAUGGCCGUACUGCUGCAGAAUGCGCACUCAGUUUAUCAAAGAAACAGAACUGCCCUAAUCCAAAGGCUUUUAUUGAGGAAGUGGAGGAGUCGUUUACUUUUUGGGGCACCCCUGAAGGUGACAUAGUUCAUCCUGCAGAGUGCAUGGAGCAGUUACUUGAGAAAGUUAGGCGUCAUAGAGUUAAUAUUGAUGGUAAUGUUUGUACUGUCAUGGUGACAACCUUAGUUCUUGAGGGUUGGCAGCGAAAGCUUGAUCCCGGGUACAAUGUGAUGCAGACGCUGCAGACUUUGCUGCUUAGAGCUGAUUGGGCAAAGGACCUUUCUUACACAAUUGAUGGACUUAUGGCCCCUUGA